AUGUCGAUUGACGAAACUCCUCUGGGUACGGCCCCCUAUGAGCGCCGCAACUCGCUGGAAAAGCAUCUCCAAACCCGACCGGACCCGCAGGACCUCAAGGACCGUCACAUCUUGCUGAACACCAAUGUUGCGCCAUCUCUCCAAGCGGCUCAUCAGGAACUCGCCCGUCAGCGCGCUUCGGACGAACUGAAGAAGAAUCUGGGGAAAAGGCCGGGACGGGACGAGCUCGUGGAGCGUAACAUUCUUCCCUCGACCAAUGCCGCCCCGGCUCUACAGGCCCAGGCCCGCGAACUAGAGCGCCACAUGCUCGUCGAUAAUCUGGAACACAAGAUUCAGAAUCGUCCCGACCCCGAGGAUCUGAUUUCCCAGGGUAUCCUCGAGGAAGAUGAGAACCCGCGCUCUGCCUAA